AUGGCAGGAGCACUUGUGGGUGGAGCUUUUCUCUCUGGCUUUGUUAACGUUGUCUUUGAUCGGCUUCUUUCACCUGAAGUUGCAAGCUUGAUCCGUGGCAAGAGGCUUGACCAUAAGUUAGUUGAAAGGUUGAAGACUGUUCUACGUGUUGUUGAGGCUGUGCUUAAUGAUGCUGAGCGCAAACAAGUCAACGAUGAUGCUGUGAAAGAGUGGCUUCAUGAUCUCAGAGAUGCUGUUUAUGUGGCUGAUGACUUGUUCGAUCGUCUCUCUAGUGAAGCUGCCACUCACAGGGAGGUAAGUAACUAUUUCUCUCGCUUUCUCAAUUUGCGAGAUAGAAAGGUGGUGAGUGAAAUAGAAGACAUCACUAGCAGGUUAGAGUAUCUUGUUAACUUCAAAGAUACUCUUGGUUUGAAAGAGAUUCCAAGUGAGAACUUCUCAUGGAGAACUCCAUCAACGUCUUUGCUACAAGGAUCUGGAUCUGAUAUUUAUGGAAGGGAUCAAGAUAAGGAGAACAUGAAAAAGCUGCUGUUAGACGUGACUAGUGAAGAAAAUGUUUGUGUGAUCCCUAUCGUGGGCAUGGGGGGAGUUGGAAAAACCACUUUAGUCCAGUGGUUGUACAAUGAUGAGAAUUUGAUGGGGAAGUUUGAUUUGAAAGCAUGGGUCUGUGUUUCUGAAGAAUCUAAUGUUGUUAACAUUACAAAGAAUGUCACAGCAGCGGUUGGUGCUACUUGCGAUGCAAAGGAUUUAAAUUUACUUCAACUUGGUUUGAAGGAAAUGUUGUCGGGAAAGAGGUUUUUAGUUGUUUUGGAUGAUGUUUGGAACAUUGAUCAACACGGUUGGAAUAGUUUUAAAAAGCCUUUUCAAUACGGGAUUAAAGGAAGUAAAAUUCUUGUGACAACUCGACUUGAAAAGGUUGCUUCAAUUGUCCAAACUGUUCCACCGUACCCUCUACAUGAGUUGUCGGAUGAAUAUUGUUGGUCAGUGUUUGCAAAGCAUUCCCGUUUUCCAGAAUCUGGUGGUGAUUUAAGUCUGGAAAGAAUUGGUAAGGACAUUGUCAAGAGGUGUCGAGGAUUACCUUUGGCUGCAGAAACCCUCGGUAGUCUACUGCAGACAAAACAUGAUACAGGGAAUUGGAAAACCAUAUUGAGGAGUGAACUUUGGGAAAUUCCAGUGGAAGAUAGUAAAAUUAUUCCAGGUCUGAAAAUAAGUUAUUACCAUCUCCCUCCACAUCUAAAACUUUGUUUUGCUUAUUUCUCAUUGUUCCCCAAGGAUUAUCCAUUUUAUAAGGAUGAACUAAUCCCCCUGUGGAUGGCAGAAGAUCUUCUGCGUUCACCAAAGAAAGGAGAGACGUUGGAAGAAGUUGGUUCUGAGUGUUUUGAUGAUUUGACUUCUCGAUCUUUUCUGAAAGAGCUCGGAAAUGAUGAUGGGUAUUUUGUAAUGCAUGACCUGAUGCAUGACUUGGCCAUAUCUGUUGCUGGGGACUUCUAUUUUUGGUCAGAAGAACUUGGGAUGUUUGACAAGAGUAAGACUCUUACUCGUCAUCUGUCGUAUGGAACGUUGACUCAUCCAAUCUCAAAAACUUUCGAUGCUAUUGAUGAAUUAAAAUCUCUGAGAACAUUUUUGCAAGUCCAAUUCUCACGUCCUUCGCUCCCCUUUGAGCGUGCCAUUUUGAUCAUAUUAUCCAAGUUUAAAUACCUAAGAGUUUUGUCAUUCAACAAUUGUCGAGAAUUUCGGGUAUUGCCUGAUCAAGUAGGUGAAUUGAUCCAUCUUCGUUACUUGGAUCUCUCUGAUACAAGUAUCGAAACAUUGCCAGAAUCAUCGAGCAAAUUGUACAAUUUACAAACACUGAAGCUGUUUUCUUGUUAUUGUCUAACUAUGUUGCCAAGUGGUAUGCAAAAUCUUGUGAAUUUGCGACAUCUUGAUGUUAGGGGUACAGAACUAAAAGAGAUGCCUCGGGGAAUGAGCAAACUAAAACAUCUGCAGUUUUUAAGUGACUUCGUUGUGGGCAAGCAUGAAGAGAAUGGGAUCAAGGAAUUAGGAGAACUCUCUGAUCUCCAUGGAUUCCUACGGCUCAUGAAAUUGGAGAAUGUUACUAAUGGUAGAGAAGCAGAGGAAGCAAGGAUAAAGGAUAAGACACACAUAAAAUAUUUGACCUUAGACUGGUCUCAGGAUAGGGAUAUGAAUACAUCCUCCUACAUUGAAGGAGAAAUAUUUGACAAGUUACAACCUCACAAAGGCCUAGAAGCACUUGAAAUCGUUGGGUAUAGGGGUACAAGAUUUUCAGAUUGGGUAGGGCAUUCUUCUUACCACAAGAUGACUAGUGUAACACUUGAUUUUUGUAUCAACUGUUGUACCCUUCCUUCACUUGGACAACUACCACAACUCAAGUCCUUGGAGAUUGCAUUUUUUGAUAUGUUGGAGAAUAUUGGUGAUGAGUUUUACAAGAACGGUAAUGAUGUUUCUUCUCUAGAAACUCCGUUUCCGUCAUUAGUGGAACUAAAAUUCCAUAGAAUGUCUUGUUGGGAGGUGUGGCAUUCAUCUGAAUCCUAUGCAUUUCCUCAACUGGAGGCCUUAAAAAUAAUUGAUUGUCCUGGCUUAAGGGGAGAUCUGCCUCAUCAACUUCCUCUCUUGAAAAGACUCGUGAUAGAACGUUGUCCCAAAUUAACAAAUCUGCCCAAGCAAUUUCUUGCUUUGGAAGUUCUUCAAAUUAGAGAGUGUGAGCUGCUUGUUUCUUCCCUUCAGCAGACUCCUUCAUUACAGGAGUUAAGUAUAUCUGGUAGCAAUGGAGUAAGAUUGCAAGAGUUUCCUAUUUUAUUACGGUCUUUAUUCGUUGAAGGACUGGAGCUGGUAGAGUCCGUGAUUGGGGUCAUCACCAGCGCCCAACCAACUUGUUUGCAAUCUUUAAGCAUCUCAAAUUGUUCGUGUGCCUUGACAAUUUCAAGUGAUUGUUUACCAAAAUGUUUGAAGAAUCUCAGAAUCCAAAAAUGUAGAAAUGUACAAGUCCCAAAUCAACAUAGCUUGUUAGAGUCGUUAACAAUAACUGACAGCUGCGAUUCACUCGCAUCUCUCUCAUUGGAGGCCUUUCCCAAUCUUAUGCGUCUGGAAAUUACAGGGUGUUUAACUUUGCAAUCUUUUUCAAUGUCACCAUUACAGUCGAAGGCAUCUAUUCUUGAGCGUCUCUAUAUUCGUGGCUGCCCUAUGUUGAAGUCAUUACCUUCUCACAUGAAUACUCUACUCCCUCGGUUAAAUUCUCUUUCAAUAAGUGAUUGCCCUAACAUUGAUUCGUUUCCUGAAGGGGGUCUUCCGGCCAACUUGGCAACACUUGGUAUUGUGUAUUGCGAGAAUCUAUUGAUGUGCCUAUCAUUAAUAGGUGUGCACCAGGGUCUCACUGAUUUAAGCAUUGGUGGUGCCAAUUCAUUCUUAAGGGAGGGUUUGUUGCCUCAGCUUCCCUCUCUUGCCACUCUAGAACUGCUGCACUUUGAAACUAUGGAGACGAUGGAUUGCAACAGCCUUCUCCAUCUCACCUCCCUUCAAGUUUUACGUUUUGGAUACUGCCCCAAACUGAACAAUAUGGUGGGGGAAAGAUUGCCUCCCUCUCUGAUAAAACUCGAAAUCUAUGACUCUCCUAUGUUGGGAAAACUGUGCAAGAAGAAGCAUCCUCAAAUUUGGGACAGAAUUUCCCACAUUUCUGGCAUUCGAGUUGACGGGAAAUGGGUUUCGUGA